AUGGAGGACAUAGAAAAUGUAAAUGGAUCUGCACAGAACAAACUAAACAGCACUCUGGGGGAAAAUAUAAUUUCUCCAAAGGCCUUAAAAUCUCCCACUGUAUUGAAGCAAAUUGAUACAGCUACAAAUUGUAAUUCUCUGUCCAGUACUACAGCAGUUUCUGACCCUGCCGAAAACAAAAACAAGGGCACCCCAUUCAGUAAGACCUUCUCACUGAACAGAAAUGCAAAAGAGAAACAGCUGAAAAUAACUACCCCCAAUCCUGGUGCAUGCCUCUCGGAGAAGCGUGUACUUGGUUCAUAUCGUGGUAGGAUUGUGUCAUCUAAGAUAAACUCAUUCAGAAAAGUUUCAGAAAACCAGAGUAAAAGACAUUCUUUGGCUGUUCCACCUAAGUCAGUGGUGAGAACUGGAACCACAGAGAGUAGUAAGUGUACUAGGGACACCAAGAUUACCAGCACAGUAGGUGCUUCUAAGCCUGAAGGUGUAACCUCUCCAAACAGGCCAACUGUGAGAGUGUCUGUCAGCCAUCCCAAGGCCAUUCUGUCUCACGAGAAACAAUCUCUUAGUAGUGCAUUAGUGCAUAAAGGAGAAGCCCAAAUAAACCCUGAUGCUGUUCCACCCAAUACUAAUAAUUCUGUGCACAGAACAAAGAAACCUAGUGUAUCUAAAACUGUAAGAGAAAGUUUAGCAGGACCUCUUUCUGAAACCCGUAGUACCGUAUCAGCUUCAAAAUCAGUUGACAAGAGAAAUAGGGCAAGAUCUUCGGAAGUGAGAAGAACUCAGCUAGCUGAAUGGCAGUCACAGGAAGGGAUCAAGAAGCCACCUGCUCCAGUAUUUGCUGUUACUCAGACUGAAAUAGAAACAGUUGGGCAAACUGUAAUAGAACCAGCUAAGUCAUUUUAGGCUGCUAUAGCAGAAGAAGAUGAACAAGGAAUCGUCAGUGAUGGAGUCAAUAAGACACUUGCAGAAUGUUUAUCCUUAAUUGAGACGGGUUAUUCCACGUUGCAAAAACUCAUACUUCAAGUUCCUGAUGCAAAAAAGCUUGCCAAGUAUUGGGUAUGCCAGAUGCGCCUUGAACAGUUUCGCUCCACUGAAAAGGUGCUUGGUAUUUAUGAAAGUGCCAUUCUAGCAGGAGCACAGCCAAAGGAUGAAUUACGUCAUGCAUUAGCUGAUGCUAUGAAGGCUACAACAAAUCUAAGAAAAUCUGAUGAAGAAUGUGUGAGGAAAGAAAUCACUCAAAAUGAUGAGGCAAAGGAAGUCAAUUUAGAUAAAAAUAAGAUAGACACUGUUUCCAAGGAAGCUCCUUUGAAUAAAAAUAUGGAGUCAAGUAAUGAAGAGAAUUUCCCAAAUGCAGAUGUUUGUUUGAAGUCUGAACAAGAUAUCUCUUCAGUUGAAAAAAGUCCAAGAAACAAACAGAGUUGUAAGCCUGCGUUAUGUAAAAAAGAGGAGGAGAGUGACAGCAACACAGACAAAGCUGAAAUCUUGGAGUUUAAAACUCCUGAAAAUGACAACAUGGGAUCGUUCUUAAUUAAAUAUAAUUUGUCAACUACUCCUUAUUUGGAAAGUGCAAAGAAAAAACUACAGUGUGAAGUAAAUGAUUCUGCUGUUAAGGAUCUGAAAUAUCUAACCCCUGUGAGACACUCUCGCUGCAUAGAUGAGAAGAAGUCCAAGUUGCCAAAAGAACUGAAAGAGCGCAACCUUUGUGUUUCUUCACUUCAAGAGCUUGGAGAAAUGAGAGAUGAUGGUACUGGUUUCAUCUAUAGACAAAACAGUGCCCUGCAAAAAGUUUAUCCACAAGAACUGUCCAAAGAGUGA